GAGGAGGAAGAGAAGGAGGAAGAGGAGGAGGAGGAGGAGGGGGAGGAAGAGGAGAAAGGCGCAGGGGUGGGAGCUGUUGCCGAAGCUGCCACAGCAAAAGUUCUCCCCCCUCCCCCCUUCCCCUCCUCUCAAGGCCCCUAGAAAGGUUGGAGCUGCCGCCGCCUGCAGUCGGUGACCGCGCGACUCGGCGCCCGCCCGCGGAUAGAGGGAGGAAUCAGCAGCUUGGAAAUUCAAGCACGUGAUCUGGCGGGAUGGGCGUUUGCCUGACGUAUUUAAUGGAGGAAUCGGAUGGCAUAAGUGAUUAAGGUGGUAUUGAGGAUUUCUGAAGCCUAUGAAAGGGUCUUGUUCUGUCACCCAGGUGGAGUGCAGUAGUACAAUCACAGCUCACUGCAGCCCCAACCUCCUGGGCUCAAGCCAUCCUCCUGCCUCAGCCUCCCAAGUAGCUGGGACCACAGGCAGUUAUACUUAAGCAUGAACAUUGACGACAAACUGGAAGGAUUGUUUCUUAAAUGUGGCGGCAUAGACGAAAUGCAGUCUUCCAGGACAAUGGUUGUAAUGGGUGGAGUGUCUGGCCAGUCUACUGUGUCUGGAGAGCUACAGGAUUCAGUACUUCAAGAUCGAAGUAUGCCUCACCAGGAGAUCCUUGCUGCAGAUGAAGUGUUACAGGAAAGUGAAAUGAGACAACAGGAUAUGAUAUCACAUGAUGAACUCAUGGUCCAUGAGGAGACAGUGAAAAAUGAUGAAGAGCAGAUGGAAACACAUGAAAGACUUCCUCAAGGACUACAGUAUGCACUUAAUGUCCCUAUAAGCGUAAAGCAGGAAAUUACUUUUACUGAUGUAUCUGAGCAACUGAUGAGAGACAAAAAACAAAUCAGAGAGCCAGUAGACUUACAGAAAAAGAAGAAGCGGAAACAACGUUCUCCCGCAAAAAUCCUUACAAUAAAUGAGGAUGGAUCACUUGGUUUGAAAACCCCUAAAUCUCACGUUUGUGAGCACUGCAAUGCUGCCUUUAGAACGAACUAUCACUUACAGAGACAUGUCUUCAUUCAUACAGGUGAAAAACCAUUUCAAUGUAGUCAAUGUGACAUGCGUUUCAUACAGAAGUACCUGCUACAGAGACAUGAGAAGAUUCAUACUGGUGAAAAACCAUUUCGCUGUGAUGAAUGUGGUAUGAGAUUCAUACAAAAAUAUCAUAUGGAAAGGCAUAAGAGAACUCAUAGUGGAGAAAAACCUUACCAGUGUGAAUACUGUUUACAGUAUUUUUCCAGAACAGAUCGUGUAUUGAAACAUAAACGUAUGUGCCAUGAAAAUCAUGACAAAAAACUAAAUAGAUGUGCCAUCAAAGGUGGCCUUCUGACAUCUGAGGAAGAUUCUGGCUUUUCUACAUCACCAAAAGACAACUCACUGCCAAAAAAGAAAAGGCAGAAAACGGAGAAAAAAUCAUCUGGAAUGGACAAAGAGAGUGCUUUGGACAAAUCUGACCUGAAAAAAGACAAAAAUGAUUACUUGCCUCUUUAUUCUUCAAGUACUAAAGUAAAAGAUGAGUAUAUGGUUGCAGAAUAUGCUGUUGAAAUGCCACAUUCUUCAGUUGGGGGCUCACAUUUAGAAGAUGCGUCAGGAGAAAUACACCCACCUAAGUUAGUUCUCAAAAAAAUUAAUAGUAAGAGAAGUCUGAAACAGCCACUGGAGCAAAAUCAAACAAUUUCACCUUUAUCCACAUAUGAAGAGAGCAAAGUUUCAAAGUAUGCUUUUGAACUUGUGGAUAAACAGGCUUUACUGGACUCAGAAGGCAAUGCUGACAUUGAUCAGGUUGAUAAUUUGCAGGAGGGGCCCAGUAAACCUGUGCAUAGUAGUACUAAUUAUGAUGAUGCCAUGCAGUUUUUGAAGAAGAAGCGGUAUCUUCAAGCAGCAAGUAACAACAGCAGGGAAUAUGCGCUGAAUGUGGGUACCAUAGCUUCUCAGCCUUCUGUAACACAAGCAGCUGUGGCAAGUGUUAUUGAUGAAAGUACCACGGCAUCCAUAUUAGAGUCACAGGCACUGAAUGUGGAGAUUAAGAGUAAUCAUGACAAAAAUGUUAUUCCAGAUGAGGUACUGCAGACUCUGUUGGAUCAUUAUUCCCACAAAGCUAAUGGACAGCAUGAGAUAUCCUUCAGUGUUGCAGAUACUGAAGUGACUUCUAGCAUAUCAAUAAAUUCUUCAGAAGUACCAGAGGUCACCCCGUCAGAGAAUGUUGGAUCAAGCUCCCAAGCAUCCUCAUCAGAUAAAGCCAACAUGUUGCAGGAAUACUCCAAGUUUCUGCAGCAGGCUUUGGACAGAACUAGCCAAAAUGAUGCCUAUUUGAAUAGCCCGAGCCUUAACUUUGUGACUGAUAACCAGACCCUCCCAAAUCAGCCAGCAUUCUCUUCCAUAGACAAGCAGGUCUAUGCCACCAUGCCCAUCAAUAGCUUUCGAUCAGGAAUGAAUUCUCCACUAAGAACAACUCCAGAUAAGUCCCACUUUGGACUAAUAGUUGGUGAUUCACAGCACUCAUUUCCCUUUUCAGGUGAUGAGACAAACCAUGCUUCUGCCACAUCAACACAGGACUUUUUGGAUCAAGUGACUUCUCAGAAGAAAGCUGAGGCCCAGCCUGUCCACCAAGCUUACCAAAUGAGCUCCUUUGAACAGCCCUUCCGUGCUCCGUAUCAUGGAUCAAGAGCUGGAAUAGCUACUCAAUUUAGCACUGCCAAUGGACAGGUGAACCUUCGGGGACCAGGGACAAGUGCUGAAUUUUCAGAAUUUCCCUUGGUGAAUGUAAAUGAUAAUAGAGCUGGGAUGACAUCUUCACCUGAUGCCACAACUGGCCAGACUUUUGGCUAAAAAAAAAAAAAAGUGUAAAUAAUACUGGCACUUUAGAACAGAUUAAUCAAGAGUGGGGUUACUCUGUGUAAAUGGAGUGCUGUACAGAUUUAAGAGCAAUGCGUAAUAACAAGUUAAGCUGAUAUGAAUAGCAAGAUAAUCCAAUAACUGCAUUUCGUUUGGUUAGUCAGCAUUCUUUGAACUGCCUUACAUGUUGUCACCUUUAUAGAAGCAAUGCAUUACUUGUUUUAGAUCAGAAACUUGCUAUUCCACCCACACCAAGUUAAAAAGGAAAAAAAAAAAGACUUUCGCACAAUUGUUUCCUAACUGAUAACAUUGUACAUUCUUAGGAGAUUAGUAAUUGUGUGAAAUUUACUCAUACUGUUUCUAAGUUUUUCAGCAUAGUCAUUGCACUUCAGCAGGGAAUCUGAGUAUACUUUACAGACAGAAUGAACUUAAAAGUUUAAUGUCAAGAGAUUAUGGCUUAAAUAAAUUAGUGUGUCCUAUAGGGGGAAAAAAAACCAAGAAACCACCUUUUAAAAAGAAUGAUAUGCCAUAUACCCUUGAUUUUCAUUUUGCAUUAUAUUGACGUGUUUUUUUGAAGGAAAAAAAGUAAUAAAAAUCUGAUAGUCUAAGACUCCACUAUUUAAAAGCCUAAUUACUUUAAAAAUAUGCAUACUUUCAAAACUUUUACCAAAACACACAACUGUUGAAGCAGUCACUUCUCUAUGGAAGUAUGCAUAUUGGUGUCAGUUUCUUUGUACAGUUGUACUUAGAUAUUUUUUAUGAUUUUUCAUGUGCAGGUAUCAAGGUUUUGAAGUUUUAGUAAAAGAAAUUCUGUAGAUUACAUUCCCAAGAACAUAAUGCUUACACAAAAUGUAUAUUCCACGUUUUAAAGCUUAAUUGUAUUUUACUUUACAUAUACACUUCAGUUAACAUAGAGCACUUAGAAUCUAUUUGGUAUUUUUGAUUUCUCAAAGUGAAAAAAAAUUAGAUUUUUAGGUUUGAUAUGGUUGUGUCAUAAUCAUCUCAUAAUUGACAAUUUUAACUUUUGGCAAUAAAAGGAAAUUGGGAUAUCUUUGGAACUGUAAAACCUGGUUUAAUCUUUUUCUUUCUAGACUCUUGAUAGAUUGGAUAAUUAAACAGUAUCCAGAGAAACUAAAGAAAUGGGCAUUUUAAUUGCAUAUUUUAUCUUGAGUUACUUUUUAAUGAACACUGCUCAUUACAACUUUACAAACCAAAAGUGUUUACUAAUUCCAGUAACUACUAUUUCUUUUUCAGCUAGAUGAGUGAUCGGAAAAUUUUUGUUGCAUUUCAAAAUCUAAAUAAACUACAGACUUUAUCCUUAUACCAUGAAUGUUUUUUUUUAAUACUCUGUCUUAAAAUAAUACAGCAUGGUACAAUAAAUAGUGCUUUUAUGUAUAUAUAUACACACACACACUUUUCUGAAGAAUGAUGGUUUGAGUUAUGCGUUGGGCAGUUUUGAUUUUUGGAAGUUAUAUUAGUUAUUGACUCUUUGUUACAACUUUUUCAUUUUUACAUUUUAAAUUUCUGCCAUCGUUGUCACAAUGCACAUCCUGAUAUAGCACCAGUGAAAAUCUAAAAUUAAUACCCUUGGAAAAUGAAAAUAUCCUUAAUUUCCAUUUUGACUCUUAUACUGGCCCUGUAGCUCUGCAGUCUUUGUUUCAAUAUAGAAUAUGUUAUCCAUUUAAAUUAUUUUUUCUUUUAUUUAAUGUUAUCCCAAGACUGUUCUCAUAAAGAAAGGGAAGAAAUAACUAUCCACCCUUAACAUCCUUCAUUUGUUUUGAAUAUAUUGGUGUUUUUAUGAUAAGGAAUAUAAAUUAUAUUUAAUGUGGUUUCCUGUAUACUUUGGUUAUUAAGUUUUGCUGAAAUAGUAGUUUUCCCGUUUGACAGCUUUCUUUGCUGCCAAAGUUUUCAAGAAUUUAAGACUUCUUUGAAGUAAAUAUUUAAGUUCUGCCAUUAUUGACUCUUAAGAUUGUGUGUGUUGUGUUGUGCAUUACAUAAUUACAAAAAGGCUUCAUUCAGGUGAUAUGUUAAAAAUGGAACUGUGCUCACCCUAAAUAGGCAUUGGUAUUUUUCUCAUAGUACUUUUGGUGAGAGUAGGCAUUUAUUUCUUGAGUUGUUUUGGAGCCUGAUCAAAAAUUUUGUUCCAUGGAGAACUUGAUGCAAUUUUGAUACAGUGGAGAGGUUUUUUUCGGUUGUUUUAACAUCACCAGCAUAGUUUUUAGAAUGUGACUCUUGCUGAGCAUUUAGGGUGAGCUUGGGAAGGAAGGCCUUUGAAAAUGGUAGUUAUGCAAGCAGACUUUCAGGUGUUGCAUUCCUGUUUUCAACACAUUUCUUUAAAUCUACAUAAUGGCAGACUUUUCUACCAGGUUAUAAGCAUUUUUUAGAUAAGUGAUACUCAGCCAGCAUAACUUAUUGACUUACCAUUUACGUAUAGUCAUCACUCUCUUACUGUGAAAUUCCAAAUGCCUACCAGAGUUACCUUGUUCUAUCAUAAUAUGACAAACAUCUCAACAGUUUUGGAUUUCCCCACUUUGGUUCAGAAGGUUAUUUAAUUUCUAUCUGGGCAUUAAUGGAGAAAAUAAGUAGCCUUGUGUGCUGCUUCAGAUUGAAACAUGGAGGAUAUGAGAUAUUGUUUUGCAAUUCAUGUUUCUCAUUUCUCAAAGUGAGCACAUUGUUCUAUAAAAACAUGCUGGUACACCCUUAAACUUUUGAUCAAUCUGAGUGAGGUGUGCUUUUCCUCUUGGGACCUACUCAUGUUUGAAGAUUGGAAACAUCACGUUAGGCGAGGUAAUAUCUCUUGAACAUCUUCUAAAGGGUUUUUUAAAACCUUAUUCUCACAUAUUUCAUUUGUCUUGAAUAUUUAAGUGGCUCUUAAACGUUUUGGGUCUACAUGCAAAUGUGGUACUUAAUAAGGUAGGAAUCCAUCUUCUUAGCUCUGGCUGAGGGUGCCAGCCAUCGGUCAGGUCAUUUUUAUCUCAAGAGGCAGAAGGCAGUUAUGUCAAGAAUUGUGCUCAGGGCAGGAUUUCGUUUCCACAGAGGAGAGACACUUGCAGAGUGCCAGCUAGGUUAGAUCUUUUGCCGCUUCUUUCAUUUGAUUAAUUUGGGUUUUUAAAGGGCUGUUUAAAAAAAAAAAAAAAAAAAAAGGCCGGGAAACUUUAAAAGUAGGCAUUACUGUAGUACUGCAUUUCUUAGAACAUUUUAAACUAGAACUCAUUUUUUUCACAGUAUAUUUACUUGAAGAAGCACUAUAAUAAUCAUUGAGAAGUAUUUUGAGUCUGAAAUUUAAUUUAAAACCUUUUCCGUUUCAAAUUGCUUUAUUUCAGGGAAAUAAUUUUCCAGUUGUUUUGCUAUAUUCUGCAAAUAAAAACCGUGUUUCCUUUUUUCACUUAAACUUUGGUAGGAAACAAACUAAAGCAGACAAACAUUUCUUGUUAUGUUUGUUGCUUUCUUUAAUCCAAUGGAUAAAAAAGUAAAACCCUGUAAACAUUAUUUUAUUUUUUUAUGCAAUACCAUGCUGUAAAUAUGGUUCAUCAAAUAAGGAUGUACCUAUGAUUGAAUCUUUAAUUCUGCACAGUUAGAGUUUAUAUAUAAACGUGUCUUGACAAUCAAGGACUUUUAUGUGAGUCUUCCUUUAUGAUGUUUAUUAAUGUUAUGCAUUCCAUUUGUUUUGAAGUGAGUACCAAUGUGCUAAUUUGUAUUGUCUGAAAGUAUGUAAUGUUUUUACAGCUUGUUUUUAAGAAUCUGUAAAUAUGUACAAACAAAUCACAGUACUGCUUUAUGUUAGAAGGCAUAUGAUGUUGUACUGUAUGUAAGCAAUAAUACAUAGCAGUGCUAACUUUACAAGUAGCAUCAGGAAAGUUCUAAAAACAUUUCAGAGUUAUUAAUUAUCCUUAUUUCAUUUAAUAAUGAUUAUCUUUAAUCAGUUUUUAUAAGCAAAUUCCAUUGUUCCUCCUAUUGGAACGUAACACUGUUUACACAGCAUAAUUGAAGUUGCAGGGGAGACAGGCUAAAUCUGACUUCAUCUGUACUCACUUUCACUAAGCAUUGAAUGGCCUUACCACUCUUCUGCAAGAUGGAGGAAGACCGCAAAACUUAGUGCCCAUCACACUGAAGGAAGGGAUGUGGUUUUUUUUCCUGCUUCUGUACUGCUACCUAACUUUGUGAUUUGCUUUGGAUUUUAAUAUUUGUUUCUGUUUUAGAUUCAAGCCCGUAAGUUUUGAGGUGACUUCAGCUCCAUUGUGAAAUAGAUAGUUCUCUUCAUAUUUCAUAACUACAUUUCAAUAAUUCUAAACUUUCUACAUUGAUUUUUAGAUACUUAUUUUUCAAGCUUGGUUUCUCAGCUGAUCAGAUGAAUUUAUUCAACUUCAAUACAAAGAAAGACAAACCUAUUAUAGUUUCAAGUGAGUAGAUAUUAUACUGUACAGGACAGCUAUUUGAACACACACAUCACUGCUUUAGAAAUAAAACCGCCAAUUUAUAAAUGUAUAUGACCUACAUUUUAUAGGAAAAAAUGUUUUUAAAUGCUAGUCAUUUAUAUAAUGUGCUUUGAAGGAUUUGCUAGUCCACUUCUGUCACUUUUUAGUACACUGGUAUCUUUUAUAUGUAAUGUAUGCUUUUUAUUAUUGUAGCAAAGCAUUUCAGUAGAAAGAAUUUUGCAACAAUAUGGGGGAAAUUUUUCAUUGUUGGAUUUGAAUUAUACUGGAUUUUAUCUGUGUAGUCUUACUUGUCUUUAUUUUAAUGCUGUCUGAAGGGAACUUGGUAUCCAAAUAAAGCAGGUAACCUCAUUUUACUUCAAGGGCAUACUGUGUAGUGCUGAAUUUAAUCUGAAAAUCUGAUGAUUUUGAAAAGAAAAACAAGUUUAUAAACAUUGUACAGAAGAAAUUAAAUGUGUGAUGGAAAUCCUGAUGGUGGAGCACGUUGAAUUUUCUGAUAUAUAGUGUUAUUUUCCUGGGAUCCCCUAUGCCUUCUUUGUAUUUCAACUAAUAAAGGAAAAACCCUGUCAUUAAAACUGGUAAGAUAAUAGGAUAUUCUGAUUAUACAGUAUUACUAUUCCUAUCCCAUUUUCUGACCUUUUCUCAAUCACUGUAAAUUUUUAUUUUCUAUUUCCUAUUGAUAAUUAAAUAUGUACAUAAUAUAGACACUGUUGUAUAGAACUAAA